AGAGCUCGAGAAGGCCAGCGUUGAAGCCCAGAUUGGGCUUGUUCUCGUCGAUCACGACGACCUCCAAAUGUCGAUGAAUCUUCGUUCGGAUCCACGAUUAGAUGCUUGUUUUCUCGAAUUCACCGUCAUUGUGAAUGUUUUCAUGGAUUUCAGGCGGAGUUUUCGAUUUUGGGAAGGCAUAGGACGAGGAUUCAUCUCUCUAUUUCGUCCCCAGUUAAUCUUGUUUCAAUCUGUGCUUCUUGAGCUGUUUUCUGUGAAUUUUCUGCAGGUUUUGAUUCUAUAUGCUGGAAAUCUCUCACCUUUGGCGAGAAAUCGGAUGACAAUUGAAAGGAUGAGCAGUACCAAAAUAAUUUAGCUUCUUUUUGGAGGUAAGGAUGGCAGAAACAGGCAUGACCUUUGAAUCAGGAUAGGCUUCAUUGUCUUCGUCUGAAGAUGAUAAGAAUCCAAAAAACAUGCAUUUUAGUGAUAAUGAGGAAUUGAGGAAAGAUGAAGAGCAAGGCUUCUUAAUGAAUAACUUGACAAACUCGAACACGCAGAUGGAAAUCGAAGAACUCACCAACAUGGAAACCCACCCUAAGAUUGAAGUCUACCACAAAACUGUUGAAGAAUUGUCGGCUCAACUAAAGAUUGCAGAAGCUGAAAGAGAGAAAUACGUAGAAAAAAGCAGGAAAACCCAAGCCAUCAUUGCUAAACUUGAAGCUGAAAAUGUGAUGAUUACCAGUCAAUUAGCUGAGUCUGAUGAGACACUUGACAAAUUUAUCCAUGUCGUGGAUGAUUUGAAGGCAGCAAAAGAGGAGCUGCUUUGUAGACUGGCAGAACUUGUCGUUGCUGAGGAAUCAAAGAUUGCUGCUCUGAGAGAAGCUGAGUUGAUGGGCAAAGCAUUGAAUGAGGAGAAGGAAAAGAACAAGGGGCUUCUUGCACGCAUAAUAGAGCUGAAGGAAGCUCUUCGUGUAUCCAAUCGGGCAGUCAUUGAUGCAGAGGAAAAGAAGGCCGCGUUCUUUGCUGGGAUUGAGUCUGAGUUGCUGAUUGCCACAGAAGCAGCUCUGAAGUCACAGGAGCAAAUUGAAGACAUGAGAAAACAGUUGGAGAUGAGAAAAGGUUUGGAGAAUGAUCUCUUUGAGAAAACAAUCCGAAUUGAUUAUUUACAGUUAGAACUCAAGAGGGAGAAAAAUCAAAACAUUUCUGUCAGAAAGGCUGCCUCUGAUGCCAUUAACGAGUUAAAGAAGCUUAUAUCAGACAUGCAGAUCAUGGAGAAGACAAACUCCGAAAAACAAGCAUGCAUAGAGUCCUUACAAGGUGAUGUGAAGAGACUGGAGGAAGAACUUCAAUCCACAAGAGAAGAAGCGAAAGAAUUAAAUCUAAAAAUCAAAAAGCUUAAUACUGAUAUUCAGAAAAUGGAAGAUGAAAUGUCCGUUGGCUCGUUAGGAUUGGAAGUUGAGAUUGCAACUCUCAAGUCUGAACUUCAUAAGGGCCGGUCUCAGAUUGCCGCCGCAGAGGCAGCUGAAGCGAGAGCCCGUAGUUCCCUCACUGGGAUGUAUCUUGCUGUGCAACAAUUAGCAAUAGAAGCCGAAAAAGCCAAGAACGAGCUAAGAAUUGCAAGACUUGAAGCAGACAGCACUGAAGUUGUGAACAAGCAGGCAACUGAAGAUGAAACUGAGAGGAAAGACAUCACUGCUGACUCAUCUGAGUUAUGCCCUGGCAUCACAAUCUCAGUAGAAGAAUACGAUUCCUUAAUCCGAAAAGCUGAAAAAGCAGAUGUAAUGACACAAACAAGUCCGAACGACAAACCACAAGCUGUUGAAUUAGUGGAAACAUCUGAUGUUGAUCCUGAAAAGAAAGAGCUGGAUGCUGCGAAUGAGUUGAUUAGUGAAUUAAAGUUGAGUUUAGAGGUGGCCACAAAAAGAGCAGAGGUAGCCGAAGAAGCGAAAGCACUAGUUGAAAACUAUCUAAGGAAGCUAAAAGGCAAGCAUCAACGGAAAAAAUCCACAUCAGAAGCUCCCGAGAAACAAGAGAUCAGCAUUGCAGAUGACAAGCCAACCCUGCCAACAAGCAAGCCUCGCCGCCCCAGUGGGUUUCCUGCUCAUGUAAGAAGAAGUACAUCACUGACCGAUUCGAAGAAAAACGAGAAUUAUGUCCCCCUUGGCAAAGUUCUCAAUAUCGAAUUUAAAAUCUAGGCUUGUCCACUGCUCUAUGUUUCAUGUAUGAGAUAUUGAACUGUAAAACACAGAUGAAAAUGAUGAUCAAUCUUGAGAAUUCUUGACAAAUUCUUUGAUU